UGCUUAGAGACCUGUUGAUAUUCAGUGAUCUGAGUGUAGGAUCUGAGAUCCUAAAAUCUGAAGGAUAUAAAGAAUACAUUUUAGCUGCACUUGGAAACCCUUUAAAAGUCCCUUUUAGAUAUUGCUUUCUAGUUUAUUUCUGAAGUUUUCAGAGUUAGAUUACAAACAUGGAUAUAGUGAAUAACUUCACAGAUGAUGGUUCUUUCAUGUUCACGUCAGAGUCAGUGGGAGAAGGGCAUCCAGACAAGAUCUGUGACCAGAUCAGCGAUGCUGUCCUUGAUGCACAUUUGAAGCAGGACCCUGAUGCCAAAGUAGCCUGUGAGACUGUCUGUAAGACUGGUAUGGUGCUUCUGUGUGGUGAGAUCACAUCCAAGGCCAGUGUGGACUACCAGAAAAUUGUGCGGGACACCAUCAAACACAUUGGUUAUGAUAACUCUGAUAAAGGUUUUGACUAUAAGACCUGCAAUGUACUGGUGGCUCUUGAGCAGCAAUCUCCUGAUAUUGCACAGGGUGUACACGUCGAUCGGCAUGAAGAGGACAUUGGAGCUGGAGACCAGGGUCUGAUGUUUGGUUAUGCCACUGAUGAGACAGAGGAAUGCAUGCCUCUAACCAUUGUCCUUGCCCACAAACUUAAUGCCAAGAUGGCUGAACUGCGUCGUGAUGGCACUAUUCCUUGGCUCCGUCCAGAUUCCAAAACACAGGUGACUGUACAUUACAAGCAGGAGAACGGAGCCAUGAUUCCUGUGCGUGUGCACACUGUGGUCAUUUCAGUCCAGCAUGAUGAUUUCAUUUCACUGGAGGAGCAGAAGAGGAUUUUGAAGGAGAAGGUCAUCAAGGCUGUAGUGCCAGCUAAGUAUCUUGAUGACAACACCAUAUACCAUCUACAGCCCAGUGGCCGCUUCGUCAUUGGAGGACCUCAGGGAGAUGCUGGACUCACUGGGAGGAAGAUCAUUGUGGAUACGUAUGGUGGAUGGGGUGCCCAUGGUGGUGGAGCAUUCUCUGGAAAGGACUACACCAAGGUGGACCGUUCUGCAGCUUAUGCUGCCCGCUGGGUGGCCAAGUCUCUGGUCAAAGCUAAACUUUGCAAGAGAGUUCUGGUACAGGUGUCUUAUGCUAUUGGAGUGACCCACCCACUGUCUAUCUCACUCUUCACUUUCGGUUCGUCUGAGAAGACAGAGAAAGAACUGCUUCAUAUUGUUAACAAAAACUUUGACCUUCGGCCUGGUGUUAUCGUUAGGGACUUGAAGCUGAAGAGGCCCAUUUACCAGAAGACUGCCUGCUAUGGUCACUUUGGCCGGCCUGAAUUUACCUGGGAGGUUGCCAAGACCCUGGCAUUUUAAGCUGAACAAGGCUCGAGAUGCUUCCAACCAUACAGACCUCGAACAGAAUAACUGAGAGCAGUCCUGUCCUCUCCCGUCCCUCUCUCUGCCUUUACUCAUCUCACCAUCUGAAUACCAUUAUAUUCAUCUGAGGCUCAACACUGAAUGAAUAUUAUCAUGCAGUGUAGGAGUUUAGAAGCAGCUGUCAAUAUAAAAUAGACUAUAUGGCAUAAAGUUUGUGGACACUUGACCAUAAUACCCAUAUGUGCUUUUUGAACAUCCUAUUCCAUAUUUAGUCCAACUUUGCUGUUUUAAUAACCUCUGGGAAGGCUUUCCACUAGGAGACUUCAAUCUUAUCCGCGAAGAGCCGGUUUGGCUGCAGGCUUUUAUACCAGCCAAACGGGAAGCACACUUGACAGAUGAUUGGAGACCAAGAUGAACUGAUUAAAUAAGUGGAAUCAGUUGUGGCUCUCACUUGGUUGGAGUGAAAGCCUGCAGCCACACCGGCCCUUUGUGGAUAAGAUUGAAGACCCCUGCACUAGCUUUUGGAGCAUUCAGCCACAAGAGCAUUAGUAAGGUCAGGCACUGAUGUGUUCAGUGUGGUUGAGAUCAGGGCUCUGUGCAGGACACUCGAGUUCUUCCACUCUCAUCUUGGCAAACCAUGUCUUCAUGGACCUCACUUUGUGCAUCGGGGCAUUGUCAUGCUGGAACAGGUUUGGGCCCCUUAUUUUCAGUAAAGAGAAAGUGUAACACUACAGCACACACAGACAUUCUACACAGUUGUGUGCUUCUAACUUUGUGGCAGCAGUUAGGGGAAGAACCACAUAUGGGUGUGAUGGUCAGGUGUCCACACUUUUUUUUGUCAUACAGUAUAUUUUCCAAUUUUCCAUAUCUGUAGAAAAUGCAGCAUUUUUGCUCAAGCCAGUUUUAUUUUGACAUGCAAAUUUAACACUAUAAAGAGCGUUGGCAAGAAAUUCCACAACAACUGCCUUUGAAACAAACCCACCACAUGGAAAUUUGUGCUGCUCAGGGAAUGAUUGCAGUACCUGUUCUAAUUCAGAGCCACUCAUAUCUUAAUUGUAAGUGCAAUAUAUAAGGUGUAAGUGCAGUCACUUCCUGUCUCUUCAGUCUUAAGUACCGCAGCAGCUUCCACUGAGCACUAGAUGAGACUUACAGUCAAGGGUACUUUUUAGAAUCCUUGUGUGAAUUAGACAUGUUCUACAAAACCUGUUACAACUGGUUUCAAACACACAGAUUAGCGCUGUUUUCAUUAUAGUGUCGUAUACUACAGUUAAUAAUGUGUAUGACUAUCUAGUUAAAGUGCAGUUGUCUUGUCUUUAUCGUCUCCACAAAAAGACCUGCUGCUUCUCAUUGAGAACUGCUAUUGACUGACAAUUAUUAUUUUCUUAUGUAUUACUAGGAGCUGCAAAACACAAAUGACCAAUCAAAUAAUGCUGCUCACUAUAAUUCAGGUCACAACAAAGGGUGCAACUAUACUGAUUUUUUUUUUUUUUUUUUAAUAUACUGGGCAUUUUUAUUAUACUGCAAUUGCAAUACAUAUGUAAUUGCAAUAUGGUAUUCUGUCCAUGUUGCGCAGCUCUAUUUUAAACCUGAUACUUUACUAGAUUUGUUGGUUUGAAGUGAAGCAUGGGUAUGAAUUGGUGGACCAUUAUAAUAUUUAAAGUAAAAUAAGCUUGGUGUGAGACUAUUAUUUCUUCUGAUAAAGGUUUUAAAUGUGUGCUUUAAAAAAAAAUAAAAAUACAGAGUAUGGCAUGAAAAAUGAAAAACAGUGGUGUAGGAUACAUGCAAUAAUACAUCAGUGUCAGCCUGUUUACAGAUUCACUGUUAUACAGUAAGAACAUUAUUUACAAACAGCUAGUGUAGGAGUGUGUGUCUGUGUAAUCAGCUAAAACCCAAAUCAUGCCUGGUGACUGAUGUGUGCUAAUCCUCCUUUCUAUAUGUCCAAGCUACUCCUAUUUAUAGCAAGCACUAUAAGUCCUGCCUGUUCUUAUCAGACAAGUUCUGUUCAAAUGUGCCCUGUCUUUGUUAUACAUGAUUUUAUCUGUGUAAAUAAUUGUGAAUAAUAAUUAUUAAAAACCUAAACAGCUAUUUAAUCAGAA